AUGCUGGGUAUGAACAUGCUACUCAUCACUUUGUUCUUGCUACUCCCCUUAUCCAUGUUAAAAGGAGAACCCUGGGAGGGAUGCCUCCACUGCACCCACACUACGUGGUCAGGGAACAUCAUGACUAAAACCCUGUUGUAUCACACUUAUUAUGAGUGUGCUGGGACCUGCCUAGGAACUUGUACUCACAACCAGACGACCUACUCAGUCUGUGACCCAGGAAGGGGCCAGCCUUAUGUGUGUUAUGACCCUAAGUCUUCACCUGGGACCUGGUUUGAAAUUCAUGUCGGGUCAAAGGAAGGGGAUCUUCUAAACCAAACCAAGGUCUUUCCCUCUGGCAAGGGUGUCAUAUCCUUAUACUUUGAUGUUUGCCAGAUAGUAUCCAUGGGCUCACUCUUUCCCGUAAUCUUCAGUUCCAUGGAGUACUAUAGUAGCUGCCAUAAAAAUAGAUGUGCAUCCCCUGCUUGUUCCACCAAUUCCCCAGUAACAACUUGCUGGGACUGCACAACGUGGUCCACUAACCAACAAUCACUAGGGCUAAUUAUGCUUACCAAAAUACCAUUAGAACCAGAUUGUAAAACAAGCACUUGUAAUUCUGUAAAUCUUACCAUCUUAGAGCCAGAUCAGCCCAUAUGGACAACAGGUUUAAAAGCACCGCUAGGGGCACGAGUCAGCGGUAAAGAAAUUGGGCCAGGAGCCUAUGUCUAUCUAUAUAUAAUAAAGAAAACUCGGACCCGCUCAACCCAACAGUUCCAAGUUUUUCAGUCAUUCUAUGAGCAUGUUAACCAGAAAUUUCCUGAGCCCCCUCCCUUGGCCAGAAACUUAUUUGCCCAACUGGCUGAAAACAUAGCCAGCAGCCUGCACGUCGCUUCAUGUUAUGUCUGUGGGGGAACGAACAUGGGAGACCAAUGGCCAUGGGAAGCAAGGGAGCUAAUGCCACAAGAUAAUUUCACUCUAACCGCCUCUUCCCUCGAACCUGCACUGUCAAGUCGGAGCAUCUGGUUCUUAAAAACCUCCAUUAUUGGAAAAUUCUGUAUUGCUCGCUGGGGAAAGGCCUUUACAGACCCAGUAGGAGAGUUAACUUGCCUAGGACAACAAUAUUACAACGAGACACUAGGAAAGACUUUAUGGAGGGGCAAAAGCAAUAAUUCUGAAUCACCGCACCCAAGCCCAUUCUCUCGUUUCCCAUCUUUAAACCAUUCUUGGUACGAACUUGAAGCUCCAAAUACCUGGCAGGCGCCCUCUGGCCUCUACUGGAUCUGUGGGCCACAGGCAUAUCGACAACUGCCAGCUAAAUGGUCAGGGGCCUGUGUACUGGGGACAAUUAGGCCAUCCUUCUUCCUAAUCCCCCUAAAACAGGGAGAAGCCUUAGGAUACCCCAUCUAUGAUGAAACUAAAAGGAAAAGCAAAAGAGGCAUAACUAUAGGAGAUUGGAAGGACAAUGAAUGGCCUCCUGAAAGAAUAAUUCAAUAUUAUGGCCCAGCUACCUGGGCAGAAGGUGGAAUGUGGGGAUACCGCACCCCAAUUUACAUGCUUAACCGCAUUAUAAGAUUGCAGGCAGUACUAGAAAUCAUUACCAAUGAAACUGCAGGGGCCUUGAAUCUGCUUGCCCAGCAAGCCACAAAAAUGAGAAAUGCCAUUUAUCAAAAUAGACUGGCCUUAGACUACCUCCUAGCCCAGGAAGAGGGAGUAUGUGGAAAGUUCAACCUAACUAACUGCUGCCUGGAAAUUGAUGACAAAGGAAAGGUCAUCGAAGAAAUAACUACUAAAAUCCAAAAGUUGGCCCACAUCCCAGUUCAGACUUGGAAAGGAUAGUCUCCAGAUUCGCUCUUCAGAGAUUGGUUCUCAUCCCUUGGAGGAUUUAAAACCGUAGUACAAAUAGUUCUAGCCAUAUUGGGAGUUUGCCUUAUACUCCCUUGUCUCUUACCUCUCAUUGUCAAAAAUAUCCAAACAGCCAUAGAGGCUCUUGUGGACAGACAGACUACCACACGACUAAUGGCCCUAAGUAUUAACCCCUGCCAAGAAAAGAGCUACUUCCUCUUGAAGAACUAAAUGAAGAUAGUGAUGCUUUCUAUUAAACUUUACUUAUAAAAAGCAUCAAAGGGGGGAAUGAAGCAGGAAAUAUAAAAGGGAAAACAAGUCCUUUCCUGGCCAGUCUGACUCACUCCAAAGUCCUGCUGGAGCUAUGAUAAUUAUCUGCAAGGCCAGGCAGGGGCUCCGAAGGAAUGGGCUCCAGGAGCAGGGAUGAGAAAAACAAGUUCUUCUUAUCAGUUUCCCCCUUUGAAAUUCUCUCCCCAUACCAUUAUUCUUUGUUCUGCUCUCACAACUAUUUU